UUUCCCGGAGCCUGGGCGGAGAGGGAGGAAAACUUCCUGGCCUGGGCUCCGGCCGCCCUGUCUGCCAACCCUCCAAUCCCGCCUACCCUGCCGGGCGCUUCCCCACCCCUCCCCCGGCGCCCCAGUGUCCGCCAUGGCCAAAGCCUACGACCACCUCUUCAAGUUGCUGCUCAUCGGGGACUCGGGGGUGGGCAAGACUUGUCUGAUCAUUCGCUUUGCAGAGGACAACUUCAACAGCACUUACAUCUCCACCAUCGGAAUUGAUUUCAAGAUCCGCACUGUGGAUAUAGAAGGGAAGAAGAUCAAACUACAAGUCUGGGACACAGCUGGCCAAGAGCGAUUCAAGACAAUAACUACUGCUUACUACCGCGGAGCCAUGGGCAUCAUCCUAGUAUAUGACAUCACCGAUGAGAAAUCCUUCGAGAAUAUUCAGAACUGGAUGAAAAGCAUCAAGGAGAACGCCUCGGCCGGUGUGGAGCGCCUUUUGCUGGGGAACAAGUGUGACAUGGAGGCCAAGAGGAAGGUGCAGAAGGAGCAGGCUGAUAAACUCUCCUUCCUACUUCACCCCUUACAGUUGGCUCGAGAGCAUGGAAUCCGAUUUUUUGAGACAAGUGCCAAAUCUAGUAUGAAUGUAGAUGAGGCUUUCAAUUCUCUGGCCCGGGACAUCCUGCUCAAGUCAGGAGGCCGGAGAUCGGGAAAUGGCAACAAGCUCCCCAGCACUGACCUGAAAACCAGUGACAAGAAGAACGCCAGCAAGUGCUCCCUGGGCUGAGGACCCUGUCUUGCCUCCCCACCCUAAGCCUGGAGGCUGAAGCUGAAGGAGGCAGGGCUGAGGGGCUGGGUUGGGGGGAAUGACUGUGGGGCAUGAAGGGAUUGAUGGGUAGAAGGUAAGGAGAAGCCAGAAGAUGGAGAAGGAAAAUAGAGAAAGAAGAAGAGAAAGAAAGGAGAGAAAGGAGCAGAAAGAAUUGAGGAAGUGAAAGAAGGUGAAGAGGUUGGAAGAGAGAAAAGAGGGAGGAAAGGCUAGAUGGCCUGAGGCCUCAGACCUUCCCAGGGUUUUCAGGGCACACAGAAAUGUAAAUACGUCGAUUUAUCCUCUUGCCAAUCAGGUUUUAGGGUCCUGUGAGAGGUUGGCUCAACACCACUCUCUGGAAGUUCGGUCCUAUCCCGUCAUUCUGCAAGGUCUUUCUCAGUAUUAAAGGCCACAACUUGCACAAA